AUGUCUUCAACACCAACUGCCGAUUCUCUCGCCGACGGUGUUCAACACCUUCUUCUUGCCGAGAAGCUCAACCAACUUCUGACUCCGCCUCAAACAGACUACUCUGCAAAGUCCCAAAAAUCGACUUCCAACCAUUCGGAUUCUGAAAAAAAUGGUUAUAUCGAGUCACUGACGGAGGAAAGAGAUCACUUGGUUCAGUAUUCUGAUGAGUUCAAUCAUGCUCUCAAACUGAUUGAACAAGAAAUCAAUCGUGUCAGAGAAGGAGAGCAACCAAAGGAGAAAGAGGUUACUGUAGGUGCUCCGGCCACUGGCUCUCUGCUCUCCGAGAUCGUCGUGGUGCCAGUUGACCUCUAUCCAAACUACAACUUUGUCGGUCGUAUUCUGGGUCCCCGUGGUACCACUGCGAAGCAAUUGGAGUCAUCGACAGGCUGCCGUGUGACGAUUCUUGGGAGAAACAAGAAGGACGCUGGAGCUUCGCCAGCGGAUUCUGCUGCUCCUGUCGACAAUGGACCACUUCGUGUCCAAAUUUCGGUGCCAUCGGAUGCUCCGGACGCUGCGAAACGGAUGGAGAUGGGGUUGAAUGUUGUCAAGGCUCUUCUUGUUCCACCAGCGGAUGGUCAAGACGAGCUGAAACGUCAACAGCUGAUGGUGCUUGCCAACAUGAACGGAACCUACCGUCCCCGCACCACCUCUUCCAACACUUCUCACCCGUUCGCUGGCUCCGGUGACUAUGGAAACCAGUUCCAGAACCUGCUCCCAUACGGCUACCGUCUGCCAGGCAAGAGUCAGAGUCCACAUAGCGAGACGAAAUCCGAUUGCUACAAUCCAAAGUGUGCGAUUCUGAGAAGUCUCAUGGAUCAGAACAACAUCAACACUUCCAUUCCAAAAAUCGAAGACGUUCUCAGCGUCGUCCACAUGUACGAGCUGAUGAAUCGUAUUCGUCUCGCCAACUCUUCUCUUCUCAGCCGUCAGGAAGAAGUGAGCAAGGCUCAAGAGAUUGGAAAUCGUAUGUGCUCAUCCAUCGGAGUCCCACGUCGACCAUCUGCCACUCCUGCUUCAACUCCAACCACUCGUCGUCUUUUUAAUGCUAAACCCCGCCCACAACACUAA